AUGCAGCGGGCGGCGGCGCUGGUUCGGCGGCGCUGCUGUCUCCGGACCCCGGGCUCCUGGGGCCGAAGUCAGAGCAGCGCAGCCGCUGAGGCCUCGGCGGUGCUGAAGGUGCGGCCCGAGCGGAGCCCGCGCGAGCGCAUCCUCACGCUUGAGUCCAUGAACCCGCAGGUGAAGGCGGUGGAGUAUGCGGUGCGGGGACCCAUCGUGCUCAAGGCCGGCGAAAUCGAGCUGGAACUGCAGCGGGGUAUCAAAAAACCGUUCACUGAGGUCAUCCGCGCCAAUAUCGGAGAUGCCCAGGCCAUGGGCCAACAACCAAUCACCUUCCUCCGACAGGUGAUGGCACUCUGCACCUAUCCUAACCUGUUGGACAGCCCCAGCUUUCCAGAAGAUGCUAAGAAACGCGCCCGGAGGAUCCUACAGGCUUGUGGAGGGAACAGCCUGGGGUCUUACAGUGCUAGCCAGGGCGUCAACUGCAUCCGUGAAGAUGUGGCUACCUACAUCACCCGGAGAGAUGGCGGUGUGCCUGCAGACCCUGACAACAUUUACCUGACCACUGGAGCUAGCGACGGCAUUUCUACGAUCCUAAAGAUCCUCGUCUCUGGGGGCGGCAAGUCUCGGACAGGUGUCAUGAUCCCCAUCCCGCAGUACCCGCUCUACUCAGCGGUCAUCUCUGAGCUUGAUGCCAUCCAGGUGAACUAUUACCUGGACGAGGACAACUGCUGGGCCCUGAAUGUGAACGAGCUCCGGCGGGCUGUGCAGGAGGCCAAAAACCACUGUGACCCCAAGGUGCUCUGCAUCAUCAACCCCGGGAACCCCACAGGUCAAGUGCAGAGCAGAAAGUGCAUAGAAGAUGUGAUUCACUUUGCUUGGGAAGAGAAGCUCUUUCUCUUGGCUGAUGAGGUGUACCAGGACAACGUGUACUCCCCAGACUGCAGAUUCCACUCCUUCAAGAAGGUGCUUUACGAGAUGGGGCCCGAAUAUUCCAGCAAUGUGGAGCUGGCCUCAUUCCACUCCACCUCCAAGGGCUACAUGGGCGAGUGUGGCUACAGAGGAGGCUACAUGGAGGUGAUCAACCUGCACCCUGAGAUCAAGGGCCAGCUGGUAAAGCUGCUCUCAGUACGUCUCUGCCCACCAGUGUCUGGGCAGGCUGCCAUGGACAUUGUCGUGAACCCCCCAGUGCCAGGAGAGGAGUCCUUUGAGCAGUUCAGCAGGGAGAAGGAGUCCGUCCUGGGUAAUCUGGCCAAAAAAGCAAAGCUGACAGAAGACCUGUUUAACCAAGUCCCAGGAAUUCACUGCAACCCCUUGCAGGGAGCCAUGUAUGCCUUUCCUCGGAUCUUCAUCCCGACCAAAGCCGUGGAGGCAGCUCAGGCCCAUAAGAUGGCCCCAGACAUGUUCUACUGCAUGAAGCUACUAGAGGAGACCGGCAUCUGUGUGGUGCCUGGCAGCGGCUUCGGACAGAGCAAAGGCACUUACCAUUUCAGAAUGACCAUUCUGCCUCCAGUGGAGAAGCUGAAGACGGUUCUACAGAAGGUGAAGGACUUUCACAUAAAGUUCCUGGAGAAGUAUGCCUGA